AUGGAACCUCCUUUAGUAGCCAUAGUUACUGGUGCCAACCGAGGCAUCGGGCGUGCCAUUUGUGCUGCGCUAGCUCAGCAACUCUCUGGCCCCUUAGUUCUGUAUACAGCCUCUCGCUCCGGGGGCCCUGUCGAUUUGACUGGCCUAUCUAUUCCUCCAACUGUACAAAUCCGCCCUGCUCAGUUGUCCCUCACCGACAAGGCCAGCAUGACCGCCCUUAGCAAGAUUGUCAGCAAGGAGAACAAGAGUUGCGACAUUCUUAUCAACAAUGCUGGGCUCUACUAUUUCCAGGAGAAUAUCACCUCCGCACAGCGCCAGGAAACCCUUGACGUGAAUUAUCAUGGUACCCUUGAUGUCUGCAAAGCUUUCUUACCAAUCAUGCGUAAGGGCGGUCGCAUAGUUAACGUUUCCUCCCAAUCCGGCCAGCUCAAAUACUUCCAUCCCAGUUUACGGGAGCAAUUCUUGAGACCCGAUCUCACUCUCGCUGAGCUAGAUGCCCUGGUAAACGAGUAUACCCGUUUAGCAGACCAGCACACCGAGACCGCGGCGGGCUGGCCCCCCUUAGCUUACUUCACAAGCAAAGCCGCUCUGAACACUGCAACGCGCAUUCUGGCCCGCGAAAAUCCCGACCUGCUGAUCAAUUGCUGCUGCCCUGGGUGGGUGGGCACUCCGCUGGGUGCACAGGCUGGUCAGCCGCCCAAAUCUGUUGAGGAAGGGGCGAGGAUCCCGCUGCGACUGGCGAUUGGUGAUAUCGGACAGGUAAGUGGCCGGUACUGGGCGAACGAUUCAGUGGCAAGUAUAGGAGAUGGAGAAGUUCGGGAUUGGUAG